CCCACCCGGUGACCACCCGCCCGGUGGCGGAGGCGCAGUGCGGUUACCCUAGGAACCCCCGAUCAUGUCGCUGCGAGUGGCUAGGAGCGCGCGGGCCGUGGCCUGCAGCCUGCGCAGCGCCCUGGCCUCCUGCCCGCCGCGGCCCUGGGUGCCGAGCGCCGCCGCCGUCCGCGCGCUGCGCACUGGAUCCGCUGUGCAGUCGGUGCGUAAAUUCACAGAGAAACACGAGUGGAUAACCACAGAGAAUGGUAUUGGAACAGUGGGAAUCAGCAAUUUUGCACAGGAAGCUUUGGGAGAUGUUGUUUACUGUAGUCUGCCUGAAGUUGGGACAAAAUUGAAAAAACAAGAUGAGUUUGGUGCUUUGGAGAGUGUGAAGGCCGCCAGUGAACUCUACUCCCCUCUGUCGGGAGAGGUGACCCAAGUCAACGAGGCUCUUGCAGAAAACCCGGGGCUCGUCAACAAAUCCUGUUAUGAAGAUGGUUGGCUGAUCAAGAUGGCACUGAGUGACCCUUCAGAGCUGGAUGAUCUCAUGAGUGAAGAAGCCUAUGAAAAGUACGUGAAAUCCAUUGAGGAGUGAACACGGCACCCCACUCCCAUCCAGUAUGCUUGUCUUAAAUUAGUGGAGGAUAGAAGAUUUGAAGUAACUUUUAGCAAUACUGAUGGAAGGAAACUAUCUCUACAGUGCUACUUAAAAAGCCCAACUUCCUGAUGGGUGCAGAUAAACACAAUGUACAUAUUUUUAAUAAUCUCCAUACUAGGUAUUUAAACGAGGGGUUAAGCACUGGUGUUUAGAAUUUUUGAGAUCAUCUAUGGUUUAAAAAAAA